CGCGGCGACAGGUGCUCAUUUCCUCGAUUAGCUUGAUCAACGGUUACUCCGCUGGUUGACAUAGAUGCUUUUUGCUGUCUUCUGCUGCUGUUGUCAACAUUCCUGGUAGUACUUUAAUCGUGAGUUAGGGUGGUAAAAGAUUUUUUUAGCCGAAAUCUCACUGUGAAAACGGCUGACUCAAUUAGAUCUGUUAACGUUAGCUACCUGCGCGCCGGAGCGCGCCGCUACCAGUCGCAUCUCCCCCGGGCUCUGUGACGGUAGCGACACCGCUGAAUGAAUGGUGAAUUUCAAUAGACCAGUAAAGGGCUGGCUGAAAGAGGAACAGUGGAGAAGGUGAGCACGGGCAAAGAGGAUAAUUGUGUUUCUGGUUGCCCUGUGGGAACAUGGGAUAUAUGACCUCAUCAUUCACCUGUGAGGCUCUCCAGUAAACAACUCCAGAUAGAAGGAUGACCGAAGCAGCUGUAGAGAGUGCAGAGGUCCUCCAAACACCCAGUGAUGUGAUGUCUUGUGAUGUCAUCAGCUGCCCCACCUCCCCACCAUUAAUGUCCCUCUGCACUCAGAGGGAGGAUGAUGGGUGUCACCAUGACAGGAAGAAGCUGGAGCAGCAGAAACUCUGUAACCAGGUGCAACCAAAGAAAAAAGUUAAGACCAAAGGAAAGUUGGUGCGCAGUAUGGCUGUAUGCGAAGAGUCCUCACCGUUUGACGAAACCCCGACAUCUCCAGAUGCAAACAUCUCAUCUAGCUGCCAUGACAACGAGAGAACUUCCUGUAAGGAUGAAGAGCAGGAGAAGGGCACAGAUCCAAAGAAACAUUCACUGUCCAAAGAGUCCAGUGUGGAGUACACCGACUCCACCGGCAUAGACCUGCACCAGUUCAUCAUCGCCACCCUCAACAGCAACCCCAGAGACCGCAUGAUGCUGCUUAAAUUGGAGCAGGACAUGAUCGACUUCAUCGCUAGCAAUAGUCCCUAUAAGAAGUUCCCUCACAUGUCAUCUUACCACCGAAUGCUGGUCCACCGGGUGGCAGCCUACUUUGGCAUGGAUCACAAUGUAGACCAGACAGGCAAGUCUGUCAUCAUCAACAGGACCAGCAGUACACGCAUACCAGAGCAGCGCUUUCUGGACAAGGUGCAUAAGGACAAGACAGAAGAUAUCCACCGAUGGAAGAUCAUUUUAAAGAGAGACAACAACCACUCGGAUGACCAGACCCGACUCCACCCCUUACGGGAGAAGCAAAGCAAGUCAGUGGAGGAGAGGGAGGAGGAGUACCAACGAGCACGAGAGCGAAUCUUUAGCAAAGAGCCUCUCUGCCCCCAAGAGAGCACCCAUGCAGAAACCAGGGCUGUGGAGGAGUACAAUCCAUAUGCUGAGACCCAAAGGAGAAGGCAGCUCUUCAGGGCGAGCCGUGACAGCUCAGGCUCCAGCUGGACAAGCAGCAGUAGGCAGAGCAGCACUGAGAUCGACUGUCGCUAUGGCAAUGACCCCCGACCUUGGAGCAGCACCGACUCUGAUUCUUCCUUCCAGUGGGCAGGCCCCGCCCUGAAACCCCAUCAGUCUGCAAGCCGCAGCUGGGAAGCACGAGGUUCAGGCUCCAUCGCUUUGUUCAGGCUGCCACCCACUUGUCCCCACGCCUCCUCUCCUCCCGUCAUUGAAGAGCUGACUCCCAGCUCUACCUACAUCAUGGAGAAUGGGAUCCCUCCAGGAAGCAUAUUAGUGAACCCACAUACUGGGCAGCCUUUCCUGAAUCCUGACGGAACCCCUGCUGUGUACAACCCUCCGGACGUUCAGCAGACAAUCAGGAGCCAGACCCAGCUGCAAGGCUCUCCCACUCAGCAGCAACAGCAGCAGAUGGUUCAGUACUCGUCCGUCUCUUACACAGCCCCACAGAUGCUGCCUGUCACUCCCUCACAGCCGUACACAACAACUGAAGAUCUCUCCUCGCGGUUCGCUCAUGUGACGGUGAGCUGUCCAUCACUGGCUGAAGCACCGCCCCUCUACCCUCCCAGUCAGGGUUACAUCUAUGCAGCUCCUCCCCCUCCUCCUCCUCCUGCCAACCCUACUAGCUACUGCCAGCCCUCACCUCAGAUGCCUGUGUAUUAUUAUGGCCAGUACCCUACCUCAACUCAGCAUGGAUGCAGGCCUGUCUCACCCAGCCAGCACCUCCACAGCCAAGUAGCACAACCAGCAGGUUACGCCCCUGUUGUGGGGCUACAGCAGUCUUCCCCCUCCCAAGCCCAGGCUGUGCUGGGGACCUACUCACCAAUGGCCUCUCAUCAGUGUAGCAUGGUUCAGGGAGGUGUUUCACUGUCCAACUCCCAGAGUAAAGUUGGGAGUGGGGUAGGUGGGGAGGCAGCUUACUGCUGCGUGGUGCCCCUGCCCUCCCACCACAGUGGCUGCCAUCCUCCUAGCUGCACCAACCUUAGUGCCCAGGCCUGGAAUGCACAGUACUGAUGAUUGCCUUGACGGAUGGAGUGACGAUACUUUGGUUCCUGUGUGAACUCGCAUGUGUACACACACAUAAUUAACACAAACACUCCCUCUCCCCACUCACCUACACCCGCUUUCUUCCAGACGAUGCCCAUAGGGCACACUGUCCAAUCACAUCACAAGCAUGUAUGUACACAACAUGCACCCACUCACAUUCAUAAAUGUACCACUGUACCAAAGCUUAAAAGUAUAUAUCAGAGCUGCUGUAUUGAAUGCAUAAUUUAUAUACACAAAUGGAGUUUUAUAUUGAUAGUAAAUUAUAUAUUGUGUUUUAAGGAAAUGCACUGUGUGAGGAGAAUAAAGUGGACUGACGAGGUCACGUUUCUAUAUCA